AUUUCUUGUGCUGUUUCGUUCUGAUUGGAGCCAAAGUUCUUCACCAGAGUUUUCCAUAACUGAAUACACAUACAAUUUUAUAACUUACAUGUACGCAUCUCGUCGCCUCUAUACACAAACCUGAUUUUUCAUCUGAUGGAUCCUUCUAUAAUGAAGUUCCUCGAAGAAGACGAGGAUGAAACAAUGCAUUCAGGGGCAGACGUUGAGGCGUUCACUGCUGAUAUUGAAGGGGACAAUACUUCAACAUCUCAGACUCCCACUACUACAGAUGCAGGCGGAGCUUUAUCUCAAGGAACGAAUCAUACUCCAAGCCAGUUGUUUCAACAGUAGCAAUCUGCCAACCGUGAAGGAAACACCAGUUACUCUAACGAAGAGGAAGUUAAGCCACAGAUACAUGAGCAGCAAUCAUCUGCCAUGGAAGCAAAUCGACAUGGAUCUGGUUCUGGUUCUGAAACCCAACAUCCACCAAAUGAUACUUCACGAGAAAUGAAUCUUAGCCAAUCAGAACCUAGCAGACCUCAAGAUGAUCAACAUAAUGUUCAUAUGUCUCAAACCAUGAAUGCACAGAAUACUGAAAAGAAUCCUGUCAAUUCUCAAGAGCCAAAUAUAACAAGGAACCCAGAAAAUGAAUCCCAGUUGCAAAGAAUGAAUAGAAUGGGAAAUCAGCAACAACAGCAAGCAAUGUCUGCAACUGGUCAAGCAGCUAAUGCAAUGAAUCGGCCAUCUGGAAAGCAGGUGCCAUUUGCUCUAUUGUUUCCUGUUAUAGAACCACAACUUGAUAAAGACAGGGCUAUGCAACUCCAGGGUCUAUAUGUGCGAUUAAGGAACAAUAAUAUUAACAAAGAAGAAUUCAUCCGACACAUGCGUAGUCUUGGCAAGGGCAGGUUGAAAACACUUGUUCAUCUGUUUGUUUCUGGUAAACAUAAUAUACAAAAGCCAUCUCCAUAUGUUCCACCUUCAGCUGAAGCAAGCAGUCUACCAAUGGAUAACAAUUCUCAAAAGUCAAGAUUGUUGGAACACCAAUCAGAUGCUAGUAAGCAAGAUAGGGAUCAACAGCCAUUUCCACCACUACAAGGACCCUUCAAACAACAACAACAACAACAUAUGCAGUUUCCACAACCUCCUUUUCCAAAUUAUGGAAACCCUAGAGGAAACUUUCACCCAGGGUCUAGUCCAAAUAUGAAUAUGACCUCACAAUCUUUUAAACCACAAAGCCAUGAUUUACAAAUGAGGCAAGGUCCAGUUCAUCAUCAGGUAGGAGGAAUUGGGAAUCCAAUGAGUCAAAAUGCAUUUAAUGACAUGAAGAGAAUGCAUGGAGGAAAUCUGUCCCAUUUAGCCCACUCGCAAUCAUCAAUGCAUAAAGACCACAUGUUAAUGUCUGGGAAGCAGUUUAAGAUUCUUAACAGGAAGCUUAACUCGCUUUUACAACUUCAAGCUGAUGCAAGAGGUCGAAAUAUGUUUUUCUGGCAUUGA